AAGAAAAGAAGAAAAACACAUUAUCCCUUUCCGCCUUUCCCUCCCCACAUUCCAUUCCAUUGCGUCCAUGCUUCUGCCGAGUCCUUAAAAAUCUUCUUAAGAUAUCCCUACACACAUCAAGAUGGGUAAGGAGGAUAAGGCCACCUGGAAGUCUAACUACUUCACCAAGUUGAUCCAACUUUUGGAUGACUACCCCAAGUGCUUCAUCGUGGGCGCAGACAAUGUCGGUUCCAAGCAGAUGCAGCAGAUCAGAAUGAGUCUCCGAGGAACUGCCGUCGUACUCAUGGGCAAGAACACCAUGAUGAGGAAGGCAAUCCGUGGUCACAUCGAGCGCAACCAGGCUCUCGAGAAACUGCUGCCUCACAUCCGCGGCAACGUUGGGUUCGUGUUCACCCGUGGAGACCUGGUGGAAGUGAGAGACAAGUUGCUUGAGAACAAGGUCCGUGCCCCCGCCAGGAACGGAGCUAUCGCACCUUGCCCCGUCGUCAUCCCUGCCCAGAACACCGGGCUGGGACCUGAGAAGACUUCUUUCUUCCAGGCUCUCUCCAUCCCCACCAAGAUCUCCAAGGGAACGAUUGAAAUUAUCAACGACGUUCACAUCCUGAAGGAAGGUGACAAGGUCGGUGCCAGUGAAGCCACACUUCUCAACAUGUUGAACAUCUCCCCCUUCUCGUACGGUCUCAUCGUGGAGAUGGUCUACGACUCUGGUACCGUCUUCGAGCCCAAGAUCCUGGACAUCAAGCCGGAGGACCUCAGGAUCAAGUUCAUGGAGGGUGUGUCCCGUUUGGCUGCCGUGUGUCUGACUAUCGGCUACCCGACCAUCGCCUCGGCUCCUCACUCUCUCAUCAACGGCUUCAAGAACCUGCUGGCCGUCGCAGCUGUCACUGACAUUGAGUUCAAGGAGGCCACCACCGUCAAGGAGUUCUUGAAGGACCCAUCCAAGUUUGCUGCGUUGGCUGCAGCUGCGGCUCCUGCCGCUGCGGCCGCCCCGGCUGCUGCGGAGAAGAAGGAAGAGGCCAAGAAGGCGGAGAGUGAACACGAGAGUGACGACGACAUGGGCUUCGGUCUCUUCGACUAAACAUCUGUUUGCCAGCCUGACUGUCAAUAAAGGGUUUAUAACUUUAAA